CCUAUAUCAGCUAACAUUGCCCGUCGAGGAAGGCGAUGACUAGGCAUACGUAACACAUGUCCUAACCAUCUCAGUCGAAGUAAUUUCACAGUUUCGUCGAUUGAUUUCCCCGCCUUACCUAGCACUCGACGCCUAACCUCAAUAUUGCUCACCUUAUUAUACCACUUCACGCGGGAGAUAGAACGCAGACACCUAUGAUCGAAGACAGCUAAUCUUUUCAUGUCUUCUGCUCUCAAUGGCCAGGUCUCACAGCCAUAAAGGAGGACGGAGCGGACUGUUGAGCAGUACACACGCCCUUUGGUCGAUAGUCGGAUAUCGCGUCUACGCCAGAGACGGCGAAAACUGGCGAAUGCGAAUCUAGCCCUCUGUAUUCGUGCUGAGAUUUCGUCGGAGAUCAACCCGUUGGGGCUGAUGGUACUUCCCAACCAAUGACAAGAUAUGUCUAGCUACCGUGGUUGGAUACGUGCAGUACCUAUAAUUGGAACAAUGAUAGUUUCAGCUUAUGGUGUUGCGUUUACCUGGGAUUACAUAUUGAAGAAGAAGCAAUUAUCCUCAGCAGCACCCGAUUUAGAUGAAGCCUAUGUCCUUCAAUUUUAUAAAGGAGUUUCCGAGUCUACUGGAAAAGAGGAAUGGAAGAAUAAAAGAGUUUACAGACCAUGGGAAGAUGAAAAUAAUACUAAAUCAUAA